AUGGCCGGGAGGCCAGCCACCGCUGCGGAACCCGACCAGAUCACUGUCGAGCCGAAACAGAAAAACGAGAAUCGCAAGGGCUACAAGGAUAAGCGCAAUGAAGUGGAGAACAAAUACGCCGGAUUGUUUGGCAAAUUGUUGGGAGUUGGUGCUGACAACAACAGUCUCCGCAACGAGGUCCGAAAGCUUAAUGAGGACGAGGUCAAAGUCCUUUCAACCGAAUCAAAGACGAAGCUUUGGAACUUUGGGACAUAUCACGACACCCCCCAUGUGAAGCCGUGGAUCAAGAUGGAGGAAGAUUAA